GUUACCUUUGUAUCCUCCCCUACCUCUACUUUUACCCGAUUUUCCCUCAGUGCUUAUACAGGAGGAAUCUGGCUCUCGUGUCUUUUUGCAACUAUCGAUAUGUUGGAUAUCUGUCUUUCCUCCAAUAGCACGUCUAUUGCUUCCACUCUUGACACCUCUAAAAGUUCAGGCUCGUAUACGACUGCCACCACUCCUCUUUCAAUUGCUUCUACUUCCGAGUCAUUGCGGGGAAUUCCUCUACAUGAUUGCGUCGAACCAGACUCAGGGGUUAGUUGGAUCAAAAUCCGAGAACAAAUGGCCGAGGUGUUGACUAGAGCUAAGGCAGCCUUUGAAGAGAAGCUCUGGUCAGGUGAGUUUUACAAGGCUAUCCCUAUAUCGAUCUAA